AUGCCGAUUGAUCUUUUGUCUACGCUUAAAAAUAACAAUGGAAACAAUGGAUAUAAUGAUUAUGACGAUGAUAACGACAAUUUUAUGGAUAGCAACUAUCUCACGGGAUUUUUCAGCCAGGUCGAACAACUCCGCUCUGAAGUCGAUAAAAUUAAAUCACUUGUCGAUGAAAUAAAGACGAAACAUAAUGAGCUUCUUUCAGCCACAAACCCGGAUGAAAGGACGAAAGCUCGAGUUAAUGAUAUUAUGGCAGAUAUAAAACAACGUGGUGGUAGAGUACGCACUGCUCUUAAGCAAAUGGAACUGAAUAUUUCACAGGAAGAACGAGCAGGCGGUGAUGUUGCUGAUAUGCGAAUUAUGCGAGGCCAGUGUCAAGCGAUAGGCCGCAGAUUUAUAAGCGUCAUGCAAGAGUACAGCAAAACUCAAGUUGAAUACCGAGAUGCCAAUAAGGAUCGUAUUUUGCGUCGAAUGACUGCCGCCGAUCAACACUUUACUGAUGAAGAACUUGAAGAUAUGCUCGAAUCAGGAAAUCCUCAAAUCUUCACUCAGAGUAUUAUGGCGGAUACUCAAAUGGCUAGACAGACGUUGAAUGAAAUUGAAGCUCGACAUCAAGAUAUCAUUCGAUUGGAACAGAGCAUUAGGGAAUUGCACGAUAUGUUUCAGGAUAUUUCUGCCCUUGUUGAUGCUCAACAAGAGACAAUAGACAAGAUUGAAUAUAAUGUUGACAAUGCCCAAGACUACAUUGAAACAGCGAAAAAGGAUGUGGAGAAGGCUGUUGUCUACCAGAAGAAAUCUCGAAAGGUGAGUGGCAAUCAUUUUCUUUUCAGCCUAACUGAAGCCAUCUCUGCGCAUCUCUCUUCUGUCUCUUUUCUUCCCCCUCAUUUUUUUUAG